AAAGCCUGCAUUUUGACAGGAGUCUAAAUGACGGCCGUGAACUCUCCUUGGUAUGUAGACCGACAUUUUCUUAAUAUGGAAAACAUACCAGCCAUGACACAUCCCACUUCCAGUUAUUUGUGCAGGAAAUUUAAAAAAAACUAUGGCAUCCAGGGUUGUCGUUUGCUGCAUGUCAAGUUAAAACAGUUGGAGUUUGCUCAUCUAUAUAGACCAGUCACCCGUUUCGUGUCAAUAUUAAUCUUGUUGUUCAAAAGUCAUAACUAUAAAGAGAGAAAGACCACUGGCCGCUAUGUAAGUGCACGAAGGGGUCCUGAUAAGCUUAUAACAUACCCUCAGUCCGUCAAGUCUUGAAGUUGCUAGUAUAGCAAAAGAUGAGGUUCUCGACGACAGCUAGUACAGCUCCUGGAACAUUAUCAUCGAAACAAUCGCCUUUGCCUGAUCGCGAAAUCGCCGUUGAUGAUGACAGCAGCUUGGUUGAUGAACUUGGUAUAACAGCGCAUGAGAUCAACGCGAAGUGUUGGAAACUCGCCGGGGUCGAUUCAUCGUUUGGAGAAGAAAGGAUGGGGAUGGACCAAGAAAUGGGGAAGGUAUUGAUUUUCCUUGAAGAUGGAAUCGGAGAUGGGUUGCAUGAUCAUCGAGAACCAGGCGUUGACAAGGAGAACGAUGACGACCUGAUGACACCAGAGGAGAGACCGACAUCGACAGAAUCAACGCAGACGAUCGGUCAAACUAAAAACGCCAAAUUCGGAAAAGGCGGCAAAGAUGAGAGCAGGGGUCGAUGUCACAGCAGAAGAUCAAGGAGACGUUGUCGUAUGAAUAACGGUGUGAGCUCGAAUCAAGAACCGACUUCAUCUAAUCGUUUUUGGAAAAGGGUUGGAAAGUCACUUGGCAAGCAUCUGGGGAGAGUGGUCCGUUUUAUUGGAAUGGGGGCUUUGGUAGCACCGCCAUUACCGGUAUCCAGUUACGUCCCUGUUCACACUCGAAACGAUAACAGCUGGUCGGCGAAUGAGAACGUGUCACCAUCAUAUGGAAUGCUCCUGUUCUGAAGAAUCUCAGAAAGUGUGCACACAAAGCCACAAAAUUGAAAAACACCAAGAUAUUAUAUUAAAUAACAUAUAAGUUACAUCUUUAGCCCGGGUCGCGAUUUUUUUCCCCCGUCAGUGCUUGUCUACCCGACGCGAGAGGUCAGUACAGGCCGUAGCCCUAACUUUGUCACGAAUUAGCUGGUCUAUGCGACUGACGGGGAAAAUCCCGCCUGCUUACAGGAAUAGAAAUAGAAAUAUUUGGGACCAGUAUAAGAACUGUCAUCUUCUCUACAAAAUACCUGAACAUCGGUACAUUUUUGCAGCCCGGUAUGCAGCAAUAUUUAAUCUUCUUUCUGCUGGAAAAUGUACCCUAAAAGAGAGGAUAUAACAUUGUUCCUUCUUUGCUGAUGAUCAAGGAAAUAAACGAACAAAUUAGAGAGAAGAAUUCGAGGAAGCAAUAAUUAUUUUAUGGCAUAAUGUCAGACGAACUAUAAGUGUAGACAUAUAUCUCUUUUUUGGAAGUGUUCAGAAUUCUAAGCGCUGCAUGCUGAUUGGAAGACUGGAACGUUUAUACUUUCUGAUAAAGAUUACUGAAAUAUAUAAUGUAGCGAAACCUUUCCAUAUUCUUGUCUAUAUAAUCCUCCUGCCACGUACAUGCUGUCCACUUUUUUUGUAUAGAUUUGAACUAACACUGUGGAGAGAUUUAAAUAUGUUUAAACAUAAAUUUUAUUUGUUGUUUUUAUUGUUAAAUGUGCUUUGUAGUUUAAAGUUCCGACCCUUUAAAAGAUAUUUUCAUGUCAUAAUACACUGUUGUCAUGUUCCUGGAAAUUAAAUAAACAUAAACAUAAAUAAAUAUUAAAGAGUGCAUGUCGAAAACUUGAAAGUAUAGGAAUGAUUUUGGAGAAUUAUUUUUUGGGGGGCUUCGUGGUUUAGUGGUUACGACUCUCUUCUUUCAAAAAGAGGGACGUGGGCUCGAAUCGGCCCAGCCAGGGUUUGUGUUCCUUCAGCAAGAAAGUUACCCACAUUGUGCCGCACUCAACCCAGGUGAUGCAUGGGUACCCGACACUGCCGGUAGGAUUAAUUCUACAUCACAUUUGCUAUGUAUAUAGAUGGGUUUUAUAUAGCAGAAAGAAUGUCAAAUAAAUAUGCCUACGUAUCUUUGACGUAUAGCCUCUUUGCAAGUAAAAGGCUCCGAAAUUAAAAUUAAAAUGGAAGACCAGCAGCAAUGCAUUAUUGCAGCUGAAUAUGGACUACCAGCCGUAUAAUUUACUUUCUUCCUUCCUUUUAUUCCUGUAUUUUAACCUUGAUCUUAUCAUUUCAUGUUGUAUGUAUUAAAUACAAAUUUUGUAUGUAUUAAAUACAAAUUUUGUAUGUAUUAUAUGUACUUUGUAUUUGUUAUUUUAUAUACACAGUAAAAAAAAAAUUAUACAACGCUGUUUACUAUAUGAACCUUACAGUAAUUGUUUAAACAGUUUAAACAAGUGUUUAAAUCUCAAGCAACAAAGUUUAAUUUUCAAUAUCUAAUCUUCAAUAAAUUAAACAUGAUUGUUUAAACGGUUAAACAAAUACUGUAGGUUCAUAUAGUAAACAGCGUUGUAUAAAAAUUUAAACAGCGUUUUUACUGUGUACGGAAAUAAAACAAACAAGCCGCAAUAUAUUUUUUGUUUUUUAUAUGCGAUAAUAAAAUUCUAUAUUAUUAAAUGACAAAGAGUUUGUGUCACCUUGUAAAGAGAAGAUUAAAAAAAAUGAG